GAACGUCUGUCGCGUGGAGCUGCCCGGAAAACAAACUUGGAAGCGCUUCAGGUCAACAAGAAACUGAAAUGAUGCCUCAGGGACCCCAAAGACCAAAGGGAGUUACCCCUAUGAACGUGCAUUACCUUAAACCUCAACUCGCAACGAUCUCAGGAAUUCCUACAACUGACUAACUCCCUCGUUUGUUUUCUUGGUUUUGUUCCUUUUAAUGAUUCUGGUAACGUGCAUGAAACCAGCUCACAGGCUCUGAUCUCUCUGGUUAAAACCCUCUCGUGGUCGGACACGAAGAAUUCAGUUGGUUGAUCUCUUCGACGCCUGAUAUUUAAGAGCAGGAUCUGUGUUCUUCUGCAAGAACUUUUGCACCCUGAAUUCAUCCCAGUGAUAGGGCAGGAAUCCCCUGAAGAAAAAAAAAAAGGGUAGAGAGAGAGAGAGAGGGUGCUGUCAAGUUUCUGGGUUCAGAAAUCCCCAUGAAAACAGAGGAGAAACCCAUCUUAAACCAAGACAUUAAUGUGGAACCAAGCAAAGAUGUUGACUUUGGCCUCAAGGAUUCAGGAAUGAAACCCACUGACAUCCCCAAUGACUCGCCCAUUGAGGAAGUGAGGAACGGAGUUCCAGUCACCGAUGACCCGACGCUCCCUGUCCUAACAAUUAGGACAUGGGUGUUGGGGCCAUUAGUGUGCGCCGUCACGUCUUUCAUGUACCAGAUUUCCACGUAUAGGAAGAGCCAGAUGUGGGUCAGUGAGUCAUGCGCCCAAAUUUUACUGCUUGUCCUGGGGAGACUACUGGCCUCCACUCUUCCUGCCAAGAUCGUGGGGAUCCCGGGAACAAACUGGAAGUUUUCUCUCAAUCCGGGACCGUUCAACAUCAAGGAGCAUGCGCUGCUGGUCAUCCUCUCCACGACAGGAUUCGAAUCAGUUCAGUCCAUAUCGACCCUUGAUGCCAUCAAGGUGGUAUAUCACAAGCAUAUAAGUCUUUUGGCUGCUAUUUUGAUGAUCAUGACAUCUCAGAUGAUGGGAUAUGGUUUUGCUGGACUGUUCAGAAGGCUUCUUGUGGACAAUCCUUACAUGUGGUACCCCUUAAUAGUACCGAAAGUAUCUUUCUACAGAGCCCUCCAUGACAAAGAACCGAGAGCUAGAGGCCGGCUCAGCGGAUUCCAAAUUCUCAUCAUCUGUGCUGCCUUUGUCUUUGCCUAUACCAUCGUUCCAAUGUACUUCAUGCAAAUUAUCUCGGUGCUCUCAGUCCUCUGCUGGUUCUGGAAAGACUCAGUCGCGGUGCAUCAACUUGGCGCGGGUUACUAUGGUCUUGGGCUCGGUUCUCUUGCCCUUGACUGGGACUCGGCUACAGCUUAUGUGGGCAACCCUUUGAUCUUGCCUAGGUUCGCGAUCGUGAACAUACUGGUCGGGUUCGUGGCUAUAAUGUACGUGUGCAUACCGCUGGGCUAUGGGAUGAAUUUGUUCGACGCGAAGAGGUUCCCCAUAUUCGAUUCAUAUUCAUAUGAUUAUUCGGGAAACGAAUACGAUAUUACACGGGUUUUUGGAGAAGACUUGAAACUUAACGAGCAGGCGUACGGCGAGUACUCAAAGUUGUACAUGAGCAUCGGAUAUGUCUUCAAACUAGGAUUCACAUUCGCUGCUCUAACCGGAACAGUGACUUAUUUUCUUCUGUUCCAUGGAAGGGAGAGCUGGCAGCAGCUGAAGCAGUCAAGGAAAAGCGGGAGCAAGUCCGGCGACAUUCACAAUGAGCUCAUGAAGAAGUACGAGCCUAUCCCUCGGUGGUGGUUCUACGUGAUUGUUGUGUUGAUGGUCGGUCUCGGCAUUGCCAAUUGCGAAUUCUUUGGCCAUGAAUUCCAACUUCCGACUUGGGCAUUUCUACUUUCCUUGGCUAUACCAUCCAUCUUCAUUCUUCCCCUGGGCCUCAUUGAAGCUACCACUGGCACUUACCUCGGAUUGAGAGUCGUCGCCGAGUUAUGCAUCGGCUAUCUAUACCCAGGGAGGCCUAUAACCAGCUUCACUUUCCCGGCCUAUGUUCAAAGCACUAAGAUGCACGCCCUCACGUUUUUAGCCGAGUUCAAGCUAGGGCAUUACAUGAAGAUCCCGCCGAAAUCUAUGUUCCUUGUUCAGAUCUUCGGCUCGCUCCUCUCCAGCUCCGUCAAGCUUGGUACUGCGUGGUGGGCCCUGACGUCGGUCGAGAACAUAUGCGACAAGGACAAGCUGCCGAAGGGGAGCAUGUGGACGUGCCCCGGGAUCCAGAACUCCCUGACCGACUCCCUGGUAUGGGGCGGUCUCGGGCCAGCCCGGAUCUUCACAUCGGGGUCCUACGCGAAAGUCUACUACUUCUUCCUGGUGGGGGUGGCCGGCCCCCUGGCGGUGUGGCUCGCCGCCCGCGCCUUCCCGGGGAAGAAAUGGAUCCGGCUCAUCAACUUCCCGGUCAUCUUCAUGUCGGCCUCGUUCCUGUUCCCGGCCCAGCCGGUGCACUACUGGACUUUCUUCGCGGUGGCGGGGGCAUUCCACCUGGUGGGCCGGAGGUUGGCGAAGGGGUGGUGGGCCCGGCACGUGUACGACGUGUCCAAUGGCUUGGAACUUGGCGCCGCCUUCUUCGCGGUGCUCCUCGCUCUGUGCUUUGGGUUUUCCGAGGUACAGGGGCCGUAUUGGUGGGGCAGAGACUUUGAAUCCUUCUGUCCAUUGCGCACGUGCCCGACCGCACCGGGCGUUGUCGUCGAAGGCUGCCCCGUCUUCUGAGACUGCCCGACUUGAAACUUCAACUUACACACACACGAGUCAAAGCCAUAGCUUUUCUUAGUUUUUUUUUUCCCCCCAAGGGG